AUGGACAUCUCCCUUGAAACGCAUCAGUCAUACAUCGGCCAACCCGUCGAGGCCCUUCCCACACCCGCGCUAGUGAUCAGCAAGCCAGUACUGGAGAACAAUGUGAAGAAACUCCACGAUGAUGUCGAGCAACUCGGAAUUAGUUUCCGGCCUCACGUCAAGACUCUCAAGAGCAUAGAGACGACACGAAUCAUGCUUGGCAACGGGCGGUAUAAAAAGAUUGUCGCAUCUACACUGUGCGAAAUUCGCGGGUGUUUGCCGCUUGUCAAGGAGGGCAUUCUCGACGAGUGCCUAUACGGGCUGCCUAUCCGACCGUCUGUUCUGGCAGAUCUAGACGCAUUCAGGACCCAGCAUGGUCUGAAGAUUGUCCUCAUGAUCGAUCAUACCGAUCACAUGCGCAUUCUAGAAGAGUACAACACUCGCACGGGUCGCACAACACCUUGGCCGGCAUUCAUCAAGGUCGACGUGGGCUCUAAUCGUGCUGGAAUCGAGAACUCAUCAUCUCGACUUGACGAGGUUAUUCACACUGCUAACUCGUCCGAUGCUGUGUCGAUAUAUGGCUUCUACUGUCAUGCGGGUCAUUCAUAUGCGUCAAAGACGGUUGGAGAUGCCGUCAAGGUUCUCAACGACGAGAUCAACGGUGUCCUGAUCGCAGCCAAGAAACUCAUUGACCCCAAGACGGAGCUUGUACUGUCUAUCGGCGCUACUCCAACCGCUCACGUAGUCUCAAAGUUAAAGGCUAACCUGCCGGAAAACGCAUCGCUAGAGUUGCAUGCGGGCAAUUUUCCGGCAAACGAUCUUCAGCAAGUUGCGACCGGUCUGGUGUCCAUCUCCGACCAAGCAGUGAGGGUUGUAGCGGAGGUGUGCAGUGUGUAUCCCGAGCGCAACGAAGCACUUAUCAACGCGGGUGUAAUCGCACUCACGAAAGAGACGAGUUCAUUCACUGGCCUUGCCCGGUGGACAGAUGGACUAGACUGGAGUAUCGUACGCGUCAGCCAGGAACAUGGUAUCUUCGGCUGGGUAGGAGAUGACUCCAAAAAGGAAAAGGCAGAGGACAGGUUCAAGAUUGGCCAAAAAGUGUUGCUGUAUACGCAGCAUGCGUGCAUUACGAGUGCGAUGUUCCAUGCAUUUUAUGUGGUGGAUGAGCAGGACGUCGUUUGUGAGACGUGGGUGCCGUGGAAGGGGUGGUAG